AUGUCGGCCCCUCCAUCCCCCAAACCAUCUUUUGAGUCCGAGGAUCGUCCCGAGUCGAGGGCAAGUAUGUCACAGCCGGCGGGAUCCAACCAGAGUCCCGGAGGAAUCACGUUCGAGGAUGAGCCGAGAGCACGCAGCCCGCGCAGGAAGUCUAUUCAGUUCAAUGUUGGUUCGGCGGAGGCGCAGCUGCCCACUCGUUCGCUGAGUUUCAAAGAUAAGCGGAGGUCUCAGGGUGAGAGUGGGUUGGCUAAAGAUUUGGAUGCUGUGGAGAGAGAGAAAGAACAGGAGAAGGAGCAAAGGCCUUUGUCUGUUAGUCGGGGGUUAUCUCCCCCACCACCUCAGACUUACGAGCGCGGUGUCUCGUUCGAUACCUUUGACAAUCGUGAUGCGGCGGAUUUCUCCUUAACUCUCAAUUACAAGCAUAAGGGGUACCAGAGUACACGACGGAGCAGGACCUUCUUGUGUGGGACAGACCAGAAUGACUACUCGGAGUUUGCGCUGGAGUGGUUGCUGGAUGAACUAGUCGACGACGGGGAUGAGAUUGUUUGUCUUCGUGCGGUUGAGAAGGAUUCGCGUAUGGCCAGCGAUGCUGCCAUUGAAGAGGGAAAAUACCGCAAAGAGGCAGAGAGACUAUUUGAAUCGGUUAUUCAAAAGAACAGCCAAGAUGAGAAAGCAAUCAGCUUGGUCCUGGAGCUGGCCGUUGGCAAAGUGGAAGACAUUAUCCAACGCAUGAUUCGCAUCUACGAACCUGCCAUGCUGGUCGUUGGUACGCGUGGUCGUAAUUUGAAAGGAGUCCACAGUUUACUUCCUGGAUCAGUGUCCAAGUACUGUCUACAACAAUCACCUAUUCCAGUCAUCGUUGUCCGCCCAUCCCCCAAGCGCGAGAAGAAAAAGAAGAAGCGCCGCGCAGACCCCACGCGACGAAGCUAUAAUCAUAUAUUGGAAUUAAGUGAAAAGCGUGGCGGCCGCAUCUUUGACGCUAGCUCCAGCACGGAGAGCUCCAUCUCCAAAUUACCCGAUGAGGAAGCCAAGGUUGCGGAGGCACUCGGAUUACCUGCCUCAUAUUCCCAUGGUAACUCGCGAAGCUCUCUCUCCGUCUCUGAACGUAGUAGUAUGAGCCAUGAGGAUUCAGAUCACUCACCGCUUCCAUACUCUCUCGACUCCGUCCUGAUGAAGAGUCCAAUGAACGGCAGCCCGGCUAGCUCAGAAGAGAGCAUUGUUGCAACAGAGGAAGCAACGAGAGCGCCAUCUCCUUAUCCUCGAGAUGAAGCCGCGUCCCCAGCUCCAGCUUCAGAACCUGAAUCGAAUUACUCAGAUGAAUCAACUCCCACAGAGAAAGAAAGGGAAAAUGCAAUGGAAACGACCAUAUCUAGCCCAGAGUCGGCUGCAGAGGAUCAACCAAUUAACUCGCCAAAUGCCAAAGUCUCAAUUCCUGUCAUUGAAGUCUCUGGCGAUGGCGACAAUGACGAUCACAAUGACAACGAGGGAGACAAUAGCGAUCAAGAAAAGAAAACCGGCGACGGCCAAUAA